AUGACUGAUGCCAAAGGUGGCGUUUCCCUAUUCGCUCACGUGUCUGGCACUGCCCCUGCUCCUGCUGCCGAUGCUUCUGUGCUAGACGUCUCACAAUGGCAGGCUCGCGAUGCUGCUGCACGCCUCGAUAUUCGCAAUCAUCUGCCGAUCCCCGAGCGCGCGCAUUUUAGCCAGCACAAGACUGCUAAGGCGCUGUAUGACGCUGUAGUUGCGUGCUACUCCUCCCCGACCACUGCAGCCCUAGGUCGGCUGAUGCUUCCCUACUUGUUCCUUGACCUGUCCUCGUUUCACACUGCUGAGGACCUCAUCUCUCACCUGCGCGCUAGUGACACUCGCUUUCGUUCCGCCCUGAAGGAUGAGUUCCUCGCCAAGAACACCCCUCCGAUGUACUUUACGCUCUACUUCCUCGUCACCCGGCUCCCUGACACCCUUCGCUCGGUCAGGGACCACUUUCUUGCUCUAGACCAGACCGCUCUCACCAUCGACGACUUCGAGAUGCAGCUUCUCGCAGCUGAGAAGAACAUCCUUGCUGUGGGUGCGGCUCGUGGCACUCCUCGCACUCCCCUCUUUGAAGGGUGCUCCCCCUCCCCCCUUACCCCCUCCCACGCCUCUGCUGCUGCUGCUGUCGACUUCCUUGGUGCUGAGGAGGUUGGGGCCGCUUCCGCUCCCAGUGCGAAGCGCCGCAGCACCCGGGGCAGAGGGGCUGGCAGGGGAGGUGGAGGUGGCGGUGGAGGGGGCGGUGGUGGUGGUGGCGGGGGAGGUGGAGGAGGUGGGGGUGGAGGAGGUGGUAGAGGCGGUGAUGGAGGUGGUGGGGGCAGCGGCGGAACCGGGAGCAGUGGCGGUGGCAGCGACGGUAGUGGGGGUGGACCCAGUGCCGGUGGCGGCAGUAGUGGCUAG